UCUCUCUCUCCCUCUCUCUCUCACUCGCUUCUCACUCUCUCUCCGCCUCAGUCUCUCUCCGGGUCCGGGUCUUUUCGGCGGUUAUGCUUCAGGAGGAUCCGGGUUCUGCAUCAUGCUGCUCGGCUCUCUGGUCGUGGUUGUGAUCGGCCUCUGGGCAUCGAACGUCACCAGAGCGUACGUGUUUCAAGCGAGCCGGCCGGCAGAGGGAGGAGACAACCCAGCGCCUCACACUAAAGUGGUCUCCGAGUGGGUCAGCUCGGCGGGCUCCUGCCAGGGGAGGUGCUUCGAGCUGGAGGAGGCCAAACCCCCGGGGUGCAGAUGUGACAAUCUGUGUAAAACCUACUACAGCUGCUGCUCGGACUUCGACGAGCACUGUCUGAAAACAGCUGGAGGCUUCGAGUGCUCCCAGGACCGCUGUGAGGAGCAGAGGAACGACGAGCACGCCUGCCACUGCUCCCAGGACUGUCUGGAGAGAGGAGACUGCUGCUCCAACUACAGGUCGCUCUGCAAAGGUGAGACCUCCUGGGUGCAGGGCGACUGUGAGGAGAUCCGGAGGGCCGAGUGUCCUGCAGGCUUCAUCCGCCCCCCCCUCAUCAUGAUGUCGGUGGACGGAUUCAGAGCCUCGUACCUGAAGAAGGGAAAAUCUGUCAUUCCCAACAUACAUAAGCUCAGAUCGUGUGGAACUUCAGCUCCGUACAUGAGACCAGUCUACCCAUCGAAGACUUUCCCAAACCUCUACACGCUGGCCACAGGUCUUUACCCCGAGUCGCACGGCAUUGUGGGUAACACCAUGCACGACCCAGUGUUCAACGCCACCUUCAGCCUGCGCACCCGGGAGAAGCUGAACCACCGCUGGUGGGGGGGGCAGCCGAUCUGGAUCACAGCUCAGGAGCAGGGGGUGAAAGCCGGGACUUUCUUCUGGCCUUGGUACUGCAGUUGGGUGAUUCCUCUGGAGAGAAGGAUCCUGACCAUCCUGCGUUGGCUGCUUCUCCCCGACAACGAGAGGCCCUACGUCUACGCCGUGCACUCGGAGCAGCCCGACACCUACGGACACCGGCUGGGCCCGCUCAGCAGCGAGCUGGACAACCCUCUGAGGGAGCUGGACAACAUCAUCGGUCAGCUGAUGAACGGGCUGAAGCAGAUGAACCUGCAUCGCUGCGUCAACGUCAUCGUCGUGGGAGACCACGGUAUGGGGGAGGCUCACUGCGACCAGACGGAGUUCCUCAGCAGUUACCCGCUCAACAUGGAUGAGAUCAUGCUGAUCCCCGGCUCGCUGGGCAGGAUACGACCCCGCGACCCCAAAUCCACCACAUACGACCCCAAAGUAGUUGUUGCUAACCUCACAUGCAAAAUGCCGACUCAGCACUUCAAGCCGUACCUGAAGCAGCAUUUACCCAAGAGGCUUCACUACGCCAACAACCGGCGCAUCGAGGACGUGCACCUGCUGAUGGAGAGGAAGUGGCACAUCGCUAAGAAAAUGCCGGAGAGAGUGAGGUCUCGUUGCGGUUUCUUCGGCGACCACGGCUUCGACAACAAGAUCACCAGCAUGAGGACGAUCUUCAUGGGCCACGGGCCGAGCUUCAAGUUCCAGAAGAGAGUUCCAGAGUUUGAUAACAUAGAGUUAUACAACGUCAUGUGUGACCUGCUGGGCCUGAAGCCGGCUCCGAACAACGGGACCCACGGCUCUCUGAACGACAUGCUGAAGGAGCCGCCCCACCGGCCCAGCAUGCCGCAGGAAGUGACCUCUCCGUCGCCGGCGUCCGACGGAGAGGUCACCGCCACGCACGACCUGGGCUGCAGCUGCGAUGACGAGAACAAAGUGGAGGAGGUGAUGGAGGCGUUCAGUCCUGCAGCCGAGGGGAACUACAGCUACAACGACACACACUUGCCGUUUGGUCGUCCGGCCGUGAUGUUCGAUUCCCACUACAGUUUACUUCAUCACGUGGAGUUCAUCAGUGGAUACAGCAAAGAGCUGGCAAUGCCUCUGUGGACGUCAUACACACUUCCACGACAGGAGGACUUGACCCCGGUCCCGGACGUGUCCCCCGGGGCUCCGUGUGUCCGGGUGGACUCCAGAGUGUCGGCUGAUCACAGUCAGAGCUGCACACGCUACAGUCAGAACGACCACCUCACACACGGCUUCCUGUUCCCACCAGAGCUGGCGUCUUCGCCCGAGUCCCGCUACGACGCCUCGCUCAUCACCAACACGGCGCCCAUGUUCCCGGCCUUCAAGAGGAUGUGGAGCUACCUGCAGGUGGCGCUGCUGAGGCGUUACGCAGAGGAGCAGAACGGCAUCAACGUGCUCGCCGGACCCGUGUUCGACCUCGACCACGACGGCCUCCGCGACACCAUGGACACCAUCAGAGAGUUGUCCCCCGGGUCCCCCCCCCUAGUCCCCUCCCACUUCUUCACGGUGGUGACGAGCUGCGAAGAGAAGAACCAGACGCUGGAGGAGUGUGACGGUGCGUUCAGGGUCUUCAGCUUCCUGCUGCCGCACCGAGCCGACAACAGUGAGGCCUGCAACAGCGCCGAGGACGAGUCGGCGUGGGUGGAGGACCUGCUGAAGCUCCACACGGCCCGAGUCCGGGACGUGGAGAUCCUCACGGGUCUGGACCUCUACCGAUCCACCAACCUCACCUACACCAGCACCCUGAGCCUCAAAACCCACCUGCACACCUUCGAGACGGACGACUAGACGCACACACAGACACACACACACACACACACACACACACACACACACACACACACACACACACACACACACACACACACACAGGAUUUAGCCGUUUGUAAGGUCCUGUGUUGUCACCACAUGCUCCUGAGGAACCGCCGGGGAAAGCGGAGCACAUCGCAAAUUUGAAUUUGUUUGUUAAGCAGUAGCUUGAAGAUUAGAACAGGAUUAUUUAGAACCCUUCAGAAAAUCUGAUUAUGGAUCAGAUAGCACAGGAAUGACGCAGGAUAGGGGAAUAUUCUCAUAAACACAUAAAUACAGAUUACACAGUGCACUGCAUCCUCGGCAGAAAGGACCGGACCAGGGCUCCAUGACUGUAAAUGACUUCAUAUUCCAACUAGCAACCAUUUAUGUAGAAUUUACAAAGUAAUUAGUGUUGUUUAUAACUUAGUAUACUCGUGAAACUGGUUGUAGUUUUGUCGUGGAUCACAAUGUGUUUGUUGUGAUCUCAAACUAACCUUGAAAUUUGAUUCUCAUGUUGUAUGAAUAAGAACUGAAACCUGAAAAAAAUCACACAAUAAUAAACGUGAGUCUAGAACAAGUUUGAAUCAUUUGUAGUUAAAACACGUUGCUGGUUUGGUUCUGUCAAGGAAAGGUUUGAAAUGUUUGGGGAAUGAACUUGUUUAUGUUUCUUGCUGAGAAUUCACACUGACACCACUGUACGUUAAAUAACUACAGGCCUGCACAAUUAGCAUAGCUUAGCAUAGCUUAGCAUCACUUGUUCAACAUUGGGCGUUGCUCGUGCAGGCGAAUUUGCUUUUGCCUUUGGAGCAAAGACUGUAAAUAAAGAUGGACGAUGCGUCUCCUCCCACAUCCAGAAUCUAAGAAAAAUAUCACGGAUGAGAAACGCCAUCACCUCGCACGUUUGGGACGAAAGGAAAUGGAACGCUGGCUAGCCGUUUCCCCCUGUUUCCAGUCUUUGUGCUAAGCUAAGCUAACCAUCUCCUGGCUUUAAUGUUUAACAAACACAUGAUUGAUUUUAAGCAAGAGAGUAAAUAAGUGAAUUCUCCAAAAAGAACAUGUGAUCAACAAGGGGGCGGAAAAUAUCCAGUGGUAAUAAAAACAUGAAUAAUAAAUACAUUCCAUCUUCA